AACCUUAUAGACUUUUGAGCUACACGCUGCAAGACCAGGCUACACAAUCGCCAGGUCCUAGAAGCAGCGUAGCGUUUGGUCGGGGCAGAUUUGUGGGCAAAUUCCGACCCCUGUCGACUCGAUUUCCAGAAGUAAUAUUGGAGGUUGGGGAUAGACGUGAACGUCGCCACUAGGAACUCAACUUUGGACCGACGACCGGAGGUAGACCGUUCUUGGGUAACGGCGCUACUGACAUCGGCCGAUGGAGCCUCGGACGUUAACGUGGCUGGCCCUUUUAGGGCUAGCCUGUUACGCGGCGACAGCAACAGCGACUGCACCUCGUGUCCUGCUGUACAACAGCAGUCGUGUGGUGGCUUCCUCUCUCCGAACGGACCUGAUUAUGGGAGUGAUGGGCGAGGUGCCGGGCGUGUCCAUACACACCACCAAGGCCCAGCCCUACCUACACGAGCUGUCCGCCUUCUCGGCUUAUGUCAUUCCCGCCAAUGACAAGAUGCCGUACCUGGAUGCCGAGGACGCCGCUUUCAACCUGUGGAAGCCUCUGGAGCUGCGCGAGUACGUGCAGGCCGGCGGCUCUCUGAUCCUGCUGGAUGGGUCCACCGGCCACAACCCGCGCCCCGGCUCCAGCGGCAACAGCUUCACAGGCAUGCUGGACCUGCUGCUGGGCUCUGAGGGCGCGGCGCACUGCAAGGGCUACCUGUACGGCCGCGAUCUGCCCAUGUACCUGCGCCUCAGCGACCAGGGCGCGCUGGGAAACAUACACACGCCCAUCAUGGUCAAGCCCAACCGCGGCCUGUCGGGAAUGACCUGCACCGGCGAGCAGCCCGGAGAGCCCAUCUACAGCGGGCGCGCGGACGGCAGCGCGGAUGCCGGCCUGUCCGCCGCCCGGCUGUGGCACGUGGGACAGGGCCGCAUUAUCUGGAUCGGCUCUUCAUACACCAUGCCUAAGAUCAGGGCUUUCCGGGAGGUGCUGACCGGCGCUAUUGUUGACAGCCAGUUUCCGGACACCGCCCCAACUCGCUCGCCUCCUCCAUCGCCGCCGCCGGCGAAGGCAUCACCGCCGCCGCCGCGCCCGCCCCCGCCAGCGAAGGCAUCGCCACCGCCCUCGCCCCCGCCCCCGCGCCCUCCCCCGCCUUCGCCGCCUCCCCCUCCCGCUCGCUCGCCCCCUCCUACCCCUCCCCGGUCCCCCCCGCCCCCGCCUCCACGCUCUCCCCCUCCUCCUCCUCCUACCCGCUCUCCACCUCCUCCUCCACCCCUGAGGUCGCCUCCCCCCUCGCCACCGCCUCCGCCCCGCCGCCCGCCACCCCCUCCCCAGCGCUCUCCUUCCCCGCCGCCCCCCAUCAAGUAUCUACACACAGACCCACCUCCCACUGACUUCGUCACGAACCCGCCGCCGGAUUGGAUCCAGCCGCCGCCGCUUGAGGACUGGAGCCCACCGCCUGUCAAGAAGGCGCCGCCACCCCGGCCGCCGCCACCUCGGAACGCGGGCCGCCGCCUCCGCCGCCAGCAAUAAGCUCAGGAGUGCCUGCAGUGGCCCCAGCGGCCUUGCGGAAAUGGCGUGACGCUGCUGCUGCCUGGUCCAUGCCAUGGGCGCUAACGUGUGAACGGGCAACCAAGGUUUAAUGAGCGAACAGGAUUUAUAACGCUGAUUUGGAAACCUCGGAAACCCCAAUCAGGAGUGGGCUAGCGCUGGAGGCUGGCGGGGACCCUGUGACGUGCAUGAUGAUUGAUUGACUAUGCGCUGCGGGAACCGUCAGGUCCGGAACGAAUGCCGGCAUAAAUAGACCAUCUCGGGUGCAAUUGGAGCGCCUGUAUAAGAUUACAAACAACGAAUGGUUAGGGAUCAGGGCGAAGAGUCAAAACAGCUGGGCGUGUAACCCCUUGCGGGCUUGGUGAGGCGCUCUCGGGCGUGUGCACUUUUGGGUCAGCGCGAAUCAUCAAAUGACUGCGCACAUGUGCAUGUAAUAACCAUGAGUA